ACAUUGCCUCAUACUCUGGGUAUAUAUGAUGUUACUCUUAUGAUCAAGCUACUAUGAGGUUUGUACAGGGCUUCGGAAACGUUGCAGGCGUGGUGUCAACUUCCUUUUGUGUUCAAAGAUUUAGAUCGAGAGUCUCGAGAGUAGCAGACGAGCGUACCAGUUCAUCAUGUCAAACCCAGCCAUUACUCAUCAGCCUGGUUCAGCUUCCUACGGCACCAACGUGCAGACAGGAGAGUGGAGCACAGGCCUCUGCUCAUGCUGUAGUGACUUGCUGAUCUGUGCCCUUGGUUGCCUCUGUCCAAUUGCAGUGGGCUGCUACGCAGCAAACAAAUAUGGUGAGAACGCUUGCCUAGCAUGUGUUCCUGGAGGCUUGGCUGCUAUGAGGACACACAUGAGACUGACUUAUGGCAUCCAAGGUACAAUAUGCAAUGAUGCCCUGAUGACUUGCUUCUGUGGAAUAUUUGAGACUUGUCGAAUGGCCAGAGAGAUUCGCAUUAGAAAUGGAGAGGCCUAAUAUUACUACUGUAAUUUUGUGCUUUGUAGCAGAUAACCCCAUCACUGCAGACUAUACUGUAGAUUUGUAUUGUCCUUUCUUUUAUUCAGAUUUGUAAGAAAUAUUUUUUUUGUUUUUUUCCAACCUGCUAUACAUUUAACAUAGAUUAUUCAUUUUGAAGGUGUUUUCACACAUUUACAUACAUUUAAAAACUAUGUUAAAUGUGUACAUUUUGGUUUAUUUUUUAUUUUUAUUUUUUAUUUAUUUUUUUGCGGGUGGACAGCUCUACUUUAAGAAAACUUAAUAUAUGUUCCCAAACAUGUUGAAAUGUUUCACUCUGCGCAGAUAUUAUUGGACUAUUUGACUUUUAAUGACCUAAUAAAAAGACAUUAUUUUCCCAGCA